AUGUCAAAUUGGAAAGAGUUCGUCCAAUAUUACGAAACCGUCGAACCGCCACCGGAAUUACCACUACACUCAUUUAUGAUGGAACAGCCUGCAAAACCACUUCAGGGAAAAAACUUGGUUGACAAGUUGAAAGAUUGGUUUAAUAGAGCUAAUUAUAACGCUGAAAAUACUCAUUCAAAUUCAAGUCUCAAUGGGAAGAGAGAUGAGGUUCUUCCGAGAAAUAUAGAUCAAAAGCAUGAUAAUGAAAAUGAUUUACCGGGAAAACAGAUAUACCUCGUUGAGGAAGAACCUUUUGGCGCAGGCUUGAAUGGAAGUCAAAAUCUUGCUCAGGAUAGCGCUAAAACUUUCAUGACAGGAAACAAUGUUGAUGCUAAUAACAUUCCACAAUUCCCAAGAGGGAUUCAUGAUAAUCGAAAUGUGCCAUCACAAAGUGCGACUGGGAAUAAUGCCCCAGAUACCUUGGAUAUUGCAGAAACUUAUAACAGUUUGAUAAAUAAACCAAUCUCGCAAAUUCUAAUGGAUCCUUCGUUUUUAUCAAAUUUAUCCACUUCAUUACACGCAAAGAGCGUAACUUUACGUACAGUAACGAAGAGGUUGAGCGCUGUGGCUAAUAAAAAGAAUGAAACAUCUAAGCUGAUGCAAAAGUUUUUAAAAGAUUUAUUCUUUUGGGGUCAAAAUUCUGCGGUUGAGAAUUCAGAUUCAGUAGCUUUGGUAAAUGAGAUACAGCAAUUAUUCCAAAUGGAUCUUGCAUUGGAACAAAAAAUUUCAGAAAAACUGAAGCAGUUAACUGCAGAACUAGAAUAUAUAUGCCUAAGACAAGAUGAAUUAUCAACGGGUAAAAAAAACCUUUUAUAUGCGUUGAAAAAGUAUGACAAUUCAAAGAAUAAAAAGGGUGAAGACAUAGAGGAGACAAACUUACUGCGAGAGAAAGUAAUAGCUCAGGAAAAAUCCUAUGAAGCAUACAAAUCCCAUUAUCAGUACUCAAUAUCUGUCACUGCGCGACAGAUUUUCAAAGAUAUAGGUAUAGAAUACUAUGAACGGUCAAGUGAUUUGAAGGAUGCAACUGGGAACUACUUAAAGAUUACUCUGCAAAAGCUAGAAAUUAACAAUAGUGAAUUAUUUGUUAAGGAUUUUGAAAAGCUCAGGAUCUUACGUGCAGAAAGAAACUGGUCUAAAUUGAAUCCAGAAGAGAAAAGCAACCCUCAAAGUUGGGUUGAUCUUGUAAGUGGUAAAUCUGAUGGCAAUGAUACACUUAUGAAAAAAAUUCGUAAAGGUUUACCUCAAGCCUAUACAUCAACUCCAAAAAACAUCUCCCCAAAGCUUGAUUUUCAAACAGGUCUCGAAGAGAGUAUAUCAGAUAUAGCCACUGAUAGAUUCAAUCCAAUAACGAGCAACCAGUUCUUUCUGGAACGGUCAUCAAAUGAAGCAAUUCCAGAAAAGGUAAAGGGAGAUACCCUUAAGGAAGACAAUAGUCAUACUGAAAAUCAAGCAAGGACAGAUCACCAAAGAGUUUUCAGUGAUUUCGAGAGUGAAGACAAUACUGUAACGAGAAGUCUAAAUCCAAAGGCCGUAUUAAAUGAAAUGACAGCAAAUCGACAAGCAACUCUAAGUCUCAGAAAAAAUCACAAUAUUUCUGUUUUCCCAAAAGAGCCUGAAAGUAUAGGCAAACAGCCGGAUAAACCACCUCUAAAACAAAAACUUUCAACUAAGAAUGGCAGUAAUGAGCCAGGAAAUGGUUUCAUUUUACAUUUCGGUGACAUUUCUCAGCAAUUCAAUGAUGCCGAAAAAAAUCUACAGGAAAAUAGAUGGGCUGAAUCACCUUUAUAG